UCACGAGGUGUUCUCUGAUGGGUUCUCGAAGAUGCCCUUAACAGACAACUCGAACCGACCAAGUGAUAGUGGAAAGAUUUGCAAACCUCUGCUAGAACGACGACGGAGAGCUAGGAUUAACCGUUGUUUGGCUGAUCUGAAAAGGCUGAUCUUAAGCACUGAAAAGGAGGGGAACCAUCAUUGUAAAUUAGAAAAAGCCGACAUUUUAGGUUUGACCGUUCAACACCUACAGCGAGUGCAAGCACAAACUUCUUGUGGAAUGGGAGAACACUCGUUAAAAGAUACUUUUACGUAUGGAUAUGCAGAAUGUGUAAGACACGUAACGCAGUACUUGUCGAGCUUGAAAGAAGUAGACUCUGACCUCGUUUCCAGAAUAACUGAUCACAUGACCAAAUCUUUAGCUUCGGUUUCUGAGGAAGAAAGACCCACAUCUGCAAGAGUGACUAGCACAGUCCCAGACACUUCAACUGAUAACGAAGACUCACGAUCUGUAGCUGUGGAAACCUCUGAAAUAACUGAUCCAACUCCUGUCAAUCCCGAAAAUUCCCCAUAUAAUCUUUUAACAUCGAAAGGGAAUUCAUAUAAAAACAAGAAAGAUACAAUACCUUCCUCCAUAGGCAGAAACCCCCUCCUUCAUGGUUCGAGUUCUCCUUUUACUCACGUUUCCAAAUACUUCAAUCCCAACCUCAGAAACAACAGAAAAUGCUCUUCCAUGACAUCUGUGUUAGACGAUACCUCGAAAAAUGAUUCGGGCAUAUCAUCUUAUCUCGACUCUCCUCGUGUUGAACCGAGUAUUUCAUCUUAUCUCGACUCUCCUUGCGUUGAGCCGAGUACUUCAUCUUAUCUCGACUCUCCUCGUGUUGAACCGAGUAUUUCAUCUUAUCUCGACUCCCCUCGUAUUGAACCGAGUAUUUCAUCUUAUCUCGACUCCCCUCGUAUUGAGUUGAGCGUUUCAUCUUAUCUCGACUCUCCUUGCGUUGAGCCGAGUAUUUCAUCUCAUCUCGACUCUCCUUGCGUUGAGCCGAGUAUUUCAUCUUAUCUCGACUCUCCUCGUGUUAAACCGGUCAUUUCAUCUUAUCUCGACUCUCCUCGUGUUAAACCGAGUAUUUCAUCUCAUCUCGACUCUCCUCGUGUUCAACAUGACAUAACCAACAAGCAAAUUAUUCCAACUCGUUUUAGCGUCAUAAGAAGAGCGUCAUCAUCCCCAAUGCUCUUCAAUGAAGUUUGGAGACCAUGGUAGCACCCGUUACGUGCAUCUGUG